GUGACUGGGAGGACCCUGGUUGGGGGUCAUUACUUUCAACUCAGGCCUUUUUUUUCUUCUUCUUGGAAACUACGCUGGGCCAAGUGUGCGACUGACUCUUUAAUCUGCACUUUUCAGACCGUGGGCAGACCGGGUAAACACUGGUCAAUCCCAAGUUCUUUUGGAAGACAUACAUGUUGAGUAAAAAGGACCGCCGAGACAGGAUAGUACUUGGCAAAGAUUUAGGAGACCAGCCCUUACAACGCAACAAUAGCAUCUUUAAGAGAGGUCUAAAAGUAAGACAAAAGUAGUUAACUCCUAUAGUGAGAAUGCAGAGAGGGAUGCACCUGCUGAUAAGAAGAGGGACCGUGUCCUUCACAGAACAGAACUGGCUCUUUUGAGGAGUGAUUCAUCAUGUUUGUGGGCGCUCCCGGAUCAAAUAUGGAAAUCAACAACAGCAUGCAUCAUUUCCAGGAGUGGCUGCGAUCACUUCCAUCCAAAGUUCCAGGCUGGGAGGACUACUGGAGUCUGCUGCCUUCCUCCUCCUCCCUGCUGGGUCUGGGAGCUCUGGCUUCCCUCACUGCUUAUUGGCUGCUGACCCGCCCACGCCCCAUGCGGCCGCCCUGUGACCUGCAGGCCCAGUCUGUAGCCGUGAAGGGCGACCCCACCUGCAGGCGCUCGGCUCUCCUUCAAGACGAUUCUCUGCUGGAGUUCUACUACGACGACACCAGGACGGCCUACGACAUGUUCCGCAGAGGCCUGAGGAUCGCAGAAAGCGGUCCAUGUCUGGGCUUCAGGAAGCCGAGCCAACCUUACCAGUGGAUCUCCUACUCUGAGGUGGCCCAGCAAGCCCAACUGCUGGGCUCUGGUCUGCUGGCGAAAGGCUGCCAACCCAAGCCUCAGCAGUUUGUUGGCAUAUUUGCACAAAACAGACCGGAGUGGAUAAUUACAGAGCUGGCCUGCUACACUUACUCCAUGGCGGUGGUUCCUCUGUACGAGACCCUGGGGCUGGAGGCCAUGGUCCAUAUCCUCAACCUGGCGGGGAUCUCUGUGGUGGUCUGCGACCGCGAGGAGAAGGCCGCCUCGCUGCUGGAGAACAAGGAGAAGGGCCACGCUCCCAAACUCUCCUGCCUCGUUCUCUUUGACCACUUCAGCCAGGCCCUGGUGGCCAGGGCCAGGGCUUGCCAGGUGGAGGUUCUCAAACUGUCACAGCUCAUGGAGCUGGGAAGGCAAAACCUUCAAGAUCCUGUGCCGCCCCAGCCUGAGGAUCUGGCCGUGGUUUGCUUCACCAGUGGAACCACAGGCAAGCCUAAGGGAGCCAUGAUCACCCACGGCAACAUCGCCUCCAACACUUCCUCCGUCAUCAAGAUCCUGGAGGGUUCCUUUGUGAUCGGACAAGAAGACAUCUCCAUCUCCUACCUGCCGCUGGCACACAUGUUUGAGAGGAUGAUCCAGGUGUCUAUGUUCUGUCACGGAGCUCGUGUGGGCUUCUACCAAGGAGACAUCUCCCUCCUGAUGGACGACAUCAAAACCCUAAAGCCCACCUUCUUCCCCGUGGUGCCUCGCUUGCUCAAUCGCAUCUACGACAAGAUUCUGGGCUCGGUGACGUCUCCGUUGAGGCGAGCGCUGCUCCACUACGCCGUGAAGAGGAAGCAGGCGGAGCUCGGCAGCGGCGUGGUGCGCAACAACAGGCUUUGGGACAAACUGGUCUUCAACAGGAUCCAGGCCAGCUUAGGAGGAAACCUGCGCUUCGCCCUAACGGCGUCCGCUCCCAUCUCCCCCACCGUGCUGUCCUUCCUGCGAGCCACGCUGGGCUGCCUCAUCUUCGAAGGUUACGGGCAGACGGAGUGCACAGCAGGGUGCACCUUCUCCAUGCCAGGCGACUGGAGUGCAGGACACGUUGGUGCUCCUCUGCCUUGUGCUGCCGUCAAGUUGGUGGACAUUCCUGACAUGAACUAUUACACCAAGGACGGAGAAGGAGAGAUCUGCAUCCGCGGCCCCAGCGUGUUUAGGGGCUACUUGAAAGACCCCAAGAGGACGGCCGAGGCCUUGGACGCUGACGGCUGGCUGCACAGUGGUGAUGUUGGCCAGUGGCUGCCAAACGGCACGCUGCGCAUCAUCGACAGGAAGAAGCACAUCUUCAAGCUGUCCCAAGGAGAGUACAUCGCUCCUGAGAAGAUAGAAAAUGUUUACCUGCGCUGUCUACCUGUGCUGCAGGUCUUUGUGCACGGAGAUAGUCUGCAGUCCUAUCUGGUAGGUAUAGUCGUCCCAGACCCUGAGGUGAUUGGAGACUGGACUAAGGAACGAGGACUUGUGGGCUCCUAUGAAGAACUCUGUCAAAACCCUGACGUGAAGGCGGCCAUGUUGGAGGACAUGAGGGCUGUUGGCAAGAAAGCAGGACUUAAGUCCUUUGAGCAGGUGAGAGACCUCCACCUGCACUCUGACACCUUCAGCGUGGCCAACGGCCUCCUGACACCCACCCUGAAGAGCCGACGUGCUGACAUCCGCCGAGCCUUCCAGGAGCAGAUCCACGCCAUGUACAGCAAGACGUCAUGUGACUAAAACAAGCUUUCACUUUGCAAACACUCUCACAGAAUACUACCUUUUUCUUCCCAAGUCAGCCUAAAAACUUCUUCAAAAUAUAUUUAAGUCCAUUUUUAUUCCUUUCAAAGCCU